GUUCAAAUCAAACUGUAAUUAGUAAUGGCUGCAAAAGAUGAGAAAGAAAAACUUGAAGUUAUAACAGCUGUUUACAAAGUUAAUCUUCAUUGUCCGCAAUGCGCUUUCCAGAUCAAGAAGCCUCUCUUACGAACACAAGGAGUUCAAAACGUUGAUGUUGAUAUAGAGAAAAGUGAGAUAAAAGUUAAAGGAGCAAUUGAGGUGAUUAAGAUUCAUAAGCUAAUUGAGAAAUGGAGUAGAAGAAAAGUAGAGUUGAUAUCUCCCAAGAUCAAGGUCCAACCCCCCAUCCUACCCGAGAAAAAAGUGGUCAAGGAAGUUAAAGAAGUCUCUCGUACAAUAACAAUGAAAGUUCAUAUGCAUUGCCACCAGUGUGAGCAUGACUUGCGCAAGCAUUUACUCAAACAUAAAGGAAUUUAUACUGUAAAGACCGACAUAAAAACUCAAAUCCUAACAAUUCAAGGAACCAUUGAAUCCGACAAACUUCUCUCUUACAUUCGACGCAAGGUUAAUAAAAAUGCAGAGAUUAUACCUGCAGUUGUUACAAAAUCAGAGAAGAAAGAAGAAUCAAUUACAAAGAAAGAAAAAGUGGAGGUGACAGUUGAGGGUAAGGAGAAGUCAACUAUAAAGUCAACUGAAAUGGUGGAAUUCAAGGAGGAGACGAAGGUGGCAGCUACUAAAACUAACGAUGGUGCAGUUCCUUAUUUUGUUCAUUAUGUUUAUGCCCCCCAGUUGUUUAGUGAUGAAAAUCCAAAUGCUUGUUCAAUUAUGUAG